AUUCUUCUUUCAAAAUGAGGAGCAAUCUGUUGGCAAUCUUUGUUUUCACGGCACUAUUAUGUGGCACAUAUGCUACUCUCAAUGAAAAGAAAAUCCUCAAAGAGAAGGAUAUGAUGAGGAAAAUUGUCUUCGACAAAAAGACACCAGAUGUCUUUUACUGUCCCAUACAGAAACCCUCUUCGAUGAGUAAGAUCAUUGUCACGGCACGGCCUCUACACAAAUUGUGCGAAUACGAAGGCAAUCCGUUGCCAGCUGAAUAUAAAUCCGACUGUUAUUUGGAUAUUGAUGAAACUGAUUAUGCAUGCAAGGAGAAAUACAGAAUCAUGAAACGAUUCGCCAAAGACGAACCCUAAUACAAUAAUCACAAACAACACAACAAAUUUUAACAGCUUAUUGUACAUUAUCAUUGCACCAUACGCAGACAGCUUUGAGUAACUGGAUAACACGGCUAAAUAUCACAGUUUUAUCGCUGUACUUAUAUAUAUCUAUAUAUAUAUUUGCAUAUAAACUCAAAACUUACAAAAUACACAACACAUUUACCAAAUAGCACAAACCCCAAGACAAAACAAAGCAAAGCAAAACUAGAAAAACUAAAACUAACGAGAAUUUAUAGUUAUAAAAAUAUAUCGUAGUUUGGUUCAAAUGCUUCGAAAGAAAUUAGUUUUAUAUAAUGAAUUUUUUAGAUCGACUCCUGAACCUAGCUAAAAUAGAUAAGUUUUGAUUGGGGUUUUUAAAUAGAGACAAUAAUUUCAUUACUACGCGCCAUGAUCAAAAUGUAAAUGGAAGCUGACUUGAUAAAAAUGUGGCAUGGUCUAAAUGAAGUUGAUAUUUCAACGGAAGUUAAAAGCCAUGAUCAACAUUUUUAGGCAAGUCUUCCUGUUAUAUC